ACCGUUUUCAGACACAAAUCAUACAACACAAAAAGCAUCUAAACAAACAAACAAACAAACCCUAAAAUAAAAAGUAAGAGACAAAUUGGUCCUAAAAAAAACACCAAUUAAAUCAGCUUAGCAGAAGCCAGUAGGCAGUAGUAGUUAACGUCUAUGGCUCUCUCCGUCACCGUUUUAGUAAUAGUCACUGCACUUCACCUCAUCGCCUUUGUCCUCGCCAUCGGAGCCGAAAGCCGCCGCAGCCACGCUGAGGUGUUGCCGGACAAGUACGAUGAGCGGACGUACUGUAAAUACACGACGGAUGCGUCGACGGUGUACGGAUUGGGUGCGUUUGGGCUGUUGUUGAUAAGCCAAGCGGUGGUUAACGGCGUUACUCGGUGUCUUUGCUGUGGUAAAGGACUGUUGAGUGGUACUUCUUCUACUACUCUGGCUAUCGUCUUCUUCAUCGGUUCCUGGCUCCCAGGGAUACAAGAUUCUGAUUCUGAUGAAUACCAUACAUCUUCGGCAAAAUUAUUCGGCCGGCGAAGGUCUAUUCAUGCGAUUCUCGGAAGAGGAAACGUUGCGGAAAUAUUGCUGUGGAAGAAUAAAUAUUUAUCAGGAGGAAUUCUGAUGGGUUUUACGUUGAUUUGGUUCCUUUUUGAAGUUGUGGAAUAUCAUUUCAUUACUCUUCUUUGUCAUCUGCUCUUGAUUUUGUUGGUCACUCUCUUCUUAUGGUCUACCGGCGCCGGUUUUGGAUUCAUCAAAAGGGACCCUCCUACUAUUAAUGAUAUAGAGUUGCCGGAAUCUACAUUGAGAUUCUUCUUUGGACAAAUCAACCGGUUACUUUCAAAUCUGUACGAGAUUUCAAGUGGCAAAGAUUUACCAACUUUCUUUUGGACUAUCAUUUGUCUCUGGAUAUUAUCAGCUUUUGGAUCCCUAUGCGACACUCUAACCCUUUCGUACAUUGUUUAUCUAUGUGUAGCGACACUUCCGGCUCUGUACGAAAGAUAUGAAGAUCAGGUGGACCGUUUCGCCGGAAAAAGUAGUCAAGAUAUGAAAUACUUGUUUGCCAGAUUUAAUUCCAAAGUUCUUGAUAAGAUACCAAGAGGACCAACCAAACAGAAAAAGCAUUCUUAAUUUGGUUUCCAUAUUGCUUAGUGAAACUGUAAAUAAUGAAAUUUGUUACUAUUAUUCAAGGAACCAUCCUGUAAUAUGAUUGAUUUCAAUUUAUAUAUGUCUUUUCACAAACA